AAGGUCGCUUGUUUCCGCUCAGUUCUAGUCAUGUCUCGAUAGUCAGCUGAUGUUUGUAGAACUAUAACCCCUUGAAAUCCGCCAUCUUGAAUCCACAUAGGGUUAUCCCAAUGAAGACAGCCGAAGGAGACCACUACAUUAUCCCUUCUAACGUUCCAGCUUUCUUAGUGAAGCUAUGGAAGUUGGUAGAGGAUCCGCAGUACGACAUGCACAUCUCAUGGAACCGGAUUGGAUCGGGGUUCCUGGUCCACGACCAAGCGACAUUCGCGCGGGAGAUUUUACCGAAAUAUUUCAAGCACAACAACUUUGCAAGCUUUGUCCGACAGCUCAAUAUGUAUGGCUUCCGCAAGGUGAUAGGUGCGGAGCAGGGAGGACUCCGCUCUGACAAUGAUGUUUGGGAGUUUCACAACCCGAACUUUCAGUGUGGUCAGCCGCAGUUGCUUGAGAAUGUCAAAAGAAAGCAGGCGGCACCAGAGGAGAAGAAAAUGAAGAAUGAGGAUGUAGCCAAAGUGCUGAAUGAGGUGCAAGACAUGAAGGGGAAACAAGACGAAAUGACUGCCAAACUAGACCAAAUGAAGAGGGAGAAUGAAACACUGUGGAGGGAACUUGUUGAUCUGCGAUCAAAACACACAAGACAACAGACUAUUGUGAAUAGGCUCUUCCAAUUUCUGAUGCGACUUGUCUACCAAAAUGAGUCAAGGCUAGCAAAUAGGAAAAGGUUGAUGAUUCAAGAUAGCUCAGAACAAGAGCAAGCAGCCAAGCGAGCCCGCCAGGAGUAUGCCGCACACCACACAGUAACCCGGUCACCAACAAGCUCAGGUCCUUCGCCUGCCUAUAGUAGUCCAGGGCCAAGUACUCAGACAUUGACAAUAUCUGAUGUAUCCAACACUCCAAAUGGUCCAUUUAUAACGGACUUACCAGAUGAUGAGGACAUCAGCCGUAGGGUUGCGUCAGCUCAUCGACCUGUUAUAGUACUUCAUGAAGACAGCUCUAAUAGAGUGUCGCCCUGCCCUAUUGUAGAAAGCCCUGUUACUACUCAAGGGCCAAGUUAUCACACAUCUCCGCCCGUUCACACCACGGGUGUGGUCACCUUUCCCGAGGAGCACCCCCAGCAGCAGCCGUCCGUCAUCCACCCAUCGCACAUAGUGGAGCCAGUGCACUACGAGGACUCUCCUGGCCGACGAGUGCUUGGACUGUCCAGACAGUACUCUGAGGAAGAUGGGGAUGGUAACCGAAAUUCCCUGGGAGAGCACAUUGACUACAUCUCGGCUAACUUGGAUUCACUACAGCAAGUACUGCAGAACCAGCAGACAUUAUUGGACGCCUCGGGAUUCGGAGAGUUUUUGACGUCAAAUUCAGACCCUAGCUUCUCUCCUUCAUCCAUCCCAUCUCAACAAGAUCUGCUGGAUGCUAUCGCCGAUAGAGCAGUCCCUAGUCCCAUGCCCCCCGCUGGCCAACACGGCCACGAGUUGGUUCAGUACGGCCAGGGUCCUAGCAAUAUGCAACGCCCCAUGAGGCACCGCGAGCAGGAAAUCCCAGGCUACGGUCGCAAAGCUAUGGCCUGGUCGCCUGGCACCUCCCAGCAACAACAGCAAUACGAAGCCGAAGGCAACCAGCGAAGUCCCUACGAUGUCCAGGAGCUUUUCAAUGGCUAGUAGUGAACUGCUACUAGCACUGAAUAAUGACUCUGGUAUCGCACCCGGUCGGCCAGAGCCAAUCAGCGAAGCCCUGACGAUGUCCACAAGCAGCCUCCUUAUAAGGUUCCCUGUGCCCGGAGAUGAAGUGUGCAGAAUUGCGGGGUCUGGAACGAGCGGAAUUGUUACUCCACGGUUACGAAAAUGGAGACCCAGCGAGUUUUUUUUAGGUCUCCAAGUUGAUGGGAGGGCUAAAACGGUCGGUUCGUCGAGCAGGGGUAUCUAGGUGAAAUUUGUUGAGGUUUCGUUGGUUUGGUUUUAGCUAAUGGUUGGACUCCAUCCUGUGGGUGCAUUUGCUGUAAGUCAUGUGAAUGACAGGGAUUGGUCCCGCCCCAAUCAUUUUACAUAAUUGGGGAACCGACACAGGAUUAAAAUUUUAUGUUGUACGCGUAUCAGAAAACGUUUCGAGCAUUAGAAAUUCGUCGGAACAAAAAAAAGAUGUCCAUGUAAAUGACGGCUUACGCAUUUCGUAAGACACAAACGUACUUCUAAGUUAAUCGGGCUUUGAACCACUUUGGCCUCUCAGCUCCUUGUGUAAGGAAGGACUCACCGCGUGACGACUAUGUCACGCAAGUGGUUUGGCUUCCAGCUCCUUGUGUGACUAGACUCAUCACGUGGCGACUGUGUCACGCAAGUGGUUUGGCUUCCAGCUCCUUGUGUGAUAGGACUCAUCACGUGACGACUGUGUCACGCAAGUGGUUUGGCUUCCAGCUCCUUGUGUGAUAGGACUCAUCACGUGACGACUGUGUCACGCAAGUGUUUUGGCUUCCAGCUCCUUGUGUGACAGGACUCAUUGGCACCCGAGUAAAAUCCCAAAACACGGCAUCAAAGAAUUAAUUUUUAUCGUGGAUAAGGAAAAUAUAUACAAAGUCUGCUUCCUGGCCUGUGCAUAUGUGAUAGUAUUCUGCUUUUUUAUAAGAAAAAAAGGAAUUUCAUCGCCACAGGUUAAGUGAAAAUGGAAUUUAUUUGCCAACUCUUACAGCCAAAGCAAUUGAAAAUGUUGCGUUUUUCAUUCAUUUUAAUUAAGUAAUAAUUUAAACUGUUCAUUUCUCCACGCGCACAAAAAAACAUAUCCGGCACUCAACUUUAAACUGAACCAAUUAAAGGUUUUCUUUGUUUUUCGUUAAAACCUUGAAAACAAGUUUUAUUCAGAGGGAGGACCUAGAGGGAAGGCCAAAACCAUCUGAGUAAAAAAAUCUAGAAGUUCAUUGGCCAAAUAUUGAGUGGCCGAUAUGAAAAUAUAGGAAGUCAGGCCGCGUUUUAACGGUUUUGUCUAAAAUCAAAACUACCUCAAUAUGUCGUAUGGCUAAGUUUUAUAUAUCAUUUUAUGUAGUAUACAUAGUGGAUCAGAACCAUUUAUUUUAGUUUAAAGGGUUUAUAUAUGCUAUGAUAAUGAAUGAGUCAUUACUGAAAAAGAUGUAAAAAAUUAAAGUCAAGAGUUGCAAAA